AUGUGCCAGACGGCGCCGGCGGUCAAUGGAGGCCAAAUCCGCAAACACCAUGUCGCAACGACGCUAAAUUACUGGGACGUUCCAAGGGACGGCUCCCGCCCGACCCCAAUCUUCAUCGGGAGAGGUAGAAUCACGAACGAGCGGCCCCACCGUGCCCACAACUUCGUGGUGAUCGACAUAAGCGGCGACGAAGACAAGUACUCCCUCGACAGCCAUGGAUUUCAAUACUGCCAUCACGAGAGCCGCGAGAAAGAUUUUACCGAUGAUCAAGCAAUUCGGUCAGCCUAUUAUGAGGAAUGUGAACAGCUCUUGAAAAAAGUCACUGGGGCCGGCCGCGUCCACAUUUUUAACCACAAGGUCCGUCGUGGACCAACCCAGUGGCACCACCUGGGCUUGAACAACCUCGCAAAUCGUGGGCCAGUCACAAGGACACAUGUAGACCAGUCGUACGCCGGAGCAGAGCUAAGGCUGAGAUGGGAGUUUCCAAACGAGGCAGACGAGCUGGUGAAAAGAAGGUAUCAGAUCAUCAACAUCUGGCGGCCCAUCGAGACGAUUUUGAAGGAUCCUAUCGCAGUUGCGGAUGCAGACUCAGUUCCCGACCUCGACCUUAUUGGGGCUGAGAUGACUGAAGACGACUUCAAGGGAGAGUCGUGGGUUGUCCGACACAGGCCGGAUCAUCGGUGGUACUACAAGCACCAGAUGACUCCUCAAGAUGUGCUCCUCAUCAAGUGCUUUGAUUCAGACACGUCGGUAGCGCGAAGGUCGCUGCACUCGGCUUUUGAGGAUCCCGCUCACCGUGACGAGAAGUCCCGGCAGAGCAUUGAAGUCAGGUGCCUAGUUUGCUACGAUGCGUAG